UAUUUCAAGAGAAAAAAUUACACUGAAAAUGGAAAGAAGAGAAAAUUUAGCAUUGUUUGAGACGAAGAGGUACGAGGGAAGAUUCAUAUAUAGAUUGUUUGCCGUGACUAUACUUGUGGGCAUAUGUUUGAUUUGGGCGUAUAGAGUUUGUCACAUACCAAAACAAGGUGAAAAUGGAAGGUGGGCUUGGAUUGGUUUGCUUGGUGCUGAGCUGUGGUUUGGUUUUUACUGGAUUGUCACUCAAGGCCUUCGUUGGAACCCGGCCUAUAGACGCACCUUCAAGGACAGGCUCUCUAAGAGAUAUGAGAAUCAGUUACCAGGGGUGGACAUAUUUGUUUGCACGGCGGACCCCACAAUCGAGCCACCAAUAAUGGUGAUCAACACUGUUCUAUCAGUGAUGGCAUACGACUACCCACAGCAGAAGCUUAGUGUUUAUCUCUCAGAUGACGGAGGAUCAGAUCUCACAUUCUAUGCUCUCUUGGAGGCUUCUGAAUUUGCCAAGUACUGGAUUCCAUAUUGCAAGAAAUUCAAAGUGGAACCGAGGUCACCAGCCGCUUAUUUUAGGUCCUUGCCUCCUUAUCAAGAGAAUGCUAAUCUUACCAAUGAUUCGGCCAUCAUCAAGAAACUAUACGAGGAGAUGGAGAAUCGCAUCGAAACCGCAACUAAGCUAGGCCAAAUACCAACAGAAGAAAGGUCAAAACAUAAAGGAUUCUCUCAGUGGGAUUCAUAUUCUUCUCGCAGUGACCAUGACACCAUUCUUCAAAUCUUACUUGAUGGGAGAGAUCCAAAUGCCACGGAUGUCACGGGUUAUACCCUGCCAACUCUAGUGUAUUUGGCUAGAGAGAAGAGACCCUUCCAUUUCCAUAACUUCAAAGCCGGAGCUAUGAACGCAUUGAUUAGAGUAUCUUCAAAGAUCAGCAAUGGAGAGAUAAUUCUAAAUGUGGACUGCGAUAUGUAUUCAAACAACUCCAAAUCCAUAAGAGACGCCAUUUGCUUCUUGGUAGAUGAAGAGAAAGGUCAUGAUAUUGCAUAUGUGCAAUUUCCACAGAACUUUGACAACAUCACAAAGAAUGAAUUAUACGGCGCUUCUUUGCGAGUUAUCAACGAGGUGGAAUUCCACGGUUUGGAUGGUUAUGGAGGUCCUCUCUACAUUGGAAGUGGCUGCUUUCACAGAAGAGACAUUCUUUCAGGGAGGAAAUUUGGUGUGGUGUAUAAGAAAGAAGAAAAAAGGGGAAACAGAAAAGAACAAAGUGUUUGUGAAUUAGAAGAAACAUCAAAAUCUCUUGCGAGCUCUACUUAUGAUGAAAACACUCAAUGGGGAAGAGAGAUUGGUUUGAAAUAUGGAUGCUCAGUUGAGGAUGUUAUGACAGGGUUAUCAAUCCAAUCCCAAGGAUGGAAAUCAGUGUAUUUUAAUCCAUCAAGGAAAGCCUUCUUGGGAGUUGCUCCAAUCACACUGCCUCAGACACUAGUGCAGCACAAGAGAUGGGCUGAAGGGUGUUUCCAAGUUUUGCUUUCCAAAUAUAGUCCUGCUUGGUAUGCAUACAAGAAGAUCAGCUUAGGCCUUCAACUUGGAUAUUGCAAUUAUUGCCUUUGGACUCCUAAUUGUCUGGCAACUCUCUAUUACUCAAUAGUUCCAUCACUUUACCUCCUCAGAGGCAUUCCAUUGUUUCCACAGAUAUCAAGCCCAUGGCUCAUACCAUUUGCAUAUGUUAUUAUUGCUGAGUACACUUACAGCUUGGCAGAGUUUCUAUGGUCUGGUGGCUCAGUCUUAGGCUGGUGGAAUCACCAAAGGAUGUGGUUUUACGAGAGGGCAAGCUCUUACCUCUUUGCCUUCAUCGACACCAUCCUUAACAAACUUGGACUUUCCAACUCGGCGUUCAUAAUAACCGCCAAAGCAGCCAAUGAAGAUGUUUCGGAACGGUACGAGAAAGAGAUAAUGGAGUUCGGCACUUCAUCACCGAUGUUCACAAUACUAGCAGCCCUUGCAUUGCUCAAUCUCUACUGCUUUUCUGGGGCGGUAACGGAGGCAGUCAUGGCGGAAAGUGUUGCAAGACUUUGUGAGACAUUGUUUAUGCAAAUCCUGCUGUCUGGGUUAUUGGUUUUGAUCAAUUUGCCACUUUAUCAAGGCCUAUUUCUGAGGAAGGACAAGGGCAAGAUGCCAACCUCCCUAGCACUUAGAUCAGCUGCAUUUUCUCUAUUUGCCUGUAUUUGUUUCACAAUCUUUUAUUGAUUUAUGCAAUCACAUAUAGGGUGGUAAUAUCUUCUGUAAUUUUUUUUUUAUCUUUUUUAGUUUUUUCAUUUCGCCUAAUUUUUGGUAAUAUCAACUUAUAUGAUACAGUUUUUAAC